ACUUCAUACUAAUCUCUUGAGGAGAUGAGAUGUUUACAAAUUGAUCGUUCCGUGUGUGCACUGGUGUAUUGAUGUUGUUUUUUUUAUCUUCUGUACAAGUAACGUGUGUGUAAUGAAGAUUAUGUUUGUUGAGGUUAUCCAUAUUUCAUCUGUGGCGAGUAAAUAAUUGAUCGUGAUUUAUGUUUAUAUUAUUACUAAAAAAUAAAAACAAAUAUAUGUUCUGUACAUAUAGUGAACGAUUUGUAACUGGAACAAAUUGAUUUUUUUUUUAAAUUCAGUGUUUGAAAUUUUCAUGAAUCGGAAAAUAUCACAACGAUAAAGUGAAGUUUUUCUUAUAAAAAAUAUAUUUGAGAGUGGAAAUGUUUUUAAAAUUUCUUCGGAUGAAUUUAAACAAUUUACGGUUUUUUAAGACUGAGGAUUAUUCGAUUUAAAAGAGCUGAAACAACAAAAACGAUAAACAAAAUUUCCAUCGAAAUUUGUGCUAUUUAAAAUCAGCCCGGAUUUAAGUAACUCAAAACGGAUUAAAAAUGCUUUUUGCAACGAUUACUUUUGUCGUUAUAUUCGCUGCGACCAUACCUCAAAGCAACAGUCGUUCCACAAACAUAUCACAUCCACGAGCGUUGAUUGAAAGCAAUUCUAUUCAGCGACACUACGAAAAUACUAGUGGCCGAUCAGUCAGCGACUCGAAAGCUUUAAAAAGAGUAUUUCUAUCAAAUCGCACUGUGACAUGCAAUGAUGGUUCACAAGCAGGAUUUUAUUUAAGGAAAUCGUCCAAGUCAAAGAGAUGGGUGGUAUUUUUCGAAGGUGGCUGGCAUUGCUAUGACAUGGAAUCGUGCAAAGUUCGUUGGACUAAAUUUAGGCACUUGAUGACGUCUGCAAAAUGGCCAGAAACUAGAGAAGACGUUGGUGGUAUACUAUCACCACUGUCAUCCGAAAAUCCAUAUUGGCAUGACGCUAACCAUGUUCUAGUGCCGUAUUGCAGCAGCGAUUCUUGGAGUGGAACGAAAAUGCAGGCUACUGAUCGGUGGCGCUUCAUGGGUUCUUUAAUCGUUCGCCAAGUGAUUGCUGAUCUAAUUCCAUUGGGCCUUGGACGAACCCAAGGUGGCGAAUUGCUUUUGGCUGGAUCGUCUGCUGGUGGGCUUGGAGUCAUGCUCAAUUUAGAUAAAGUUAAAUCCUAUCUGAGGGACGAACGUGACAUUCGAGUCGCUGUGCGAGGUGUUAGCGACUCGGGUUGGUUUUUGGAUAGAGAUCCAUUUGCACAAGGUGCUACUUCAGCUGCCGAAGUGGUAAAGCACGGGUGGAAAUUGUGGGGUGGAUCAUUACCUGAAGCAUGUACAAAUGCACAUCCAACUGAACCCUGGCGAUGUUACUUCGGCCAUAGGCUGUAUCCAACACUUAAAUCUCCGCUCUUUGUCUUCCAAUGGUUAUUUGAUGAAGCACAAAUGAAAGCAGAUAGUGUUGGAGCACCAGUUACAAAAAAACAGUGGGACUACAUCCAUGACACAGGUAUAGCACUUCGUGCAUCAUUGGAUAACGUAACUGCUGUGUUUGCACCAUCUUGUAUUGGUCAUUCCGUGCUCAGUAAACGAGAUUGGUUGAGCAUUAAAAUAGACGACAUAUCAUUACCGGAAGCGCUAAGGUGCUGGGAAAGGUCAACCAAAAUCAACAAUAAAGAAUUGUCGAGGCGAGCAUCAGAUGGAAAGAAGCAACGAAACCAUCGCAAGGGUAAGGGUAAAAAUGUACACCAAAAGCGAAAAAAUAAGAAAAAUCGCAAGCAACAACCAGUUCAAGAACGGCACAGACUGUCGAAAGAGAGACGUCAGCAACAACGACGAAAGAAUGGAUUGGGUCGUAAGUCAAGAAAUCAGGGCGCCAAUAAUUCACAGGAUGAAAUAAAAUCACCUCGAUUAGAACGGUCUCAUAUUCCAAAAGAUCUGAAGUCGGGCAGGUCCGUAUCAAAUAAUAUAAAUCAGAAAAACGGCAGAAAACGAAAAAAUCAGCCACACCACAAUCGCAACAAUAACAUUCACAAUAAGCGAAGAAUGGACCAUGGCAACGGUCAACAAACUGUAGCCGAGCCGACCAGAUGCUCUUUACGGUUAUUGGAGCGAUGCAGUUGGCCACAAUGUAAUCAUUCGUGUCCGAGCAUAACAAAUCCGUUGACCGGCAAGGAGAUGCGGUUUCUGGAAUUGUUAGCAUCAUUUGGUUUAGACAUUGAGGCUGUGGCGACGGCCUUGGGCAUUAAUAUGACCACAUUAAGUAAUAUGGACCGAACGGAAUUGUUGAAUUUACUAACCCAAACCAGCUAGUAAAUAGUAAUUUAAUUUAAAUUUUAUAUGAAUUGUUGUUGUUGUUUUUUUUGUUUGUUUUCCAUUUUAUUUUUUAACUUUAAUUUAAGAAAUAAAAAUUGGUCCGUUUUUUAUACACAACCACGAUAACACACCGAUCUAUUCAUGGGUUAAAUGACAAUUUUUACCGUUAAAAUUUUAAUAUUUAUUCUCACAAAAAAUUAAAGAAGUAAUUUAAGACUGUUGAUUUGUAGAAUAAUGGCAUUCAAAUAAUGUCAGCAUUUUGUGUACAUAUUUUGUGUAAAAAAAUUAAGCAAGAAUUUAAAUUAAUUUCUUAGUUUGUAAUCCAAUAGUUUGUAGUAUUUAAUGUAAAUUCGUAUUAUUAUCAAUUCAUUUAGUAACUGAAAGCAAAUUUUAACUGCGAUUAUUUGACAGAGAACAUCUCCAGUAUUUUUCUAAUUGACACAUAGCUUUAAAUUAUUUAUUUUAAAUAUUUUAAUUAUAUUUAAGGGUUAACUAAAAUUAUUAUAUUACAACACAAAUCCGAAUUAUGCCUUGUGAAGAUACAGAUAAAAACCUAUAGCAAUUCACGCCAUAAGUGCGCCAAAAAUUUAAAUAUUUACAACUGACAGUUGCACAAAAUAUCGCUGACGUCUUGUAAUGAAUCUCAAAAGCGUCGGAAACUAGUACCACUACACAGUAUGUUUUGAAAUAAAAGGAGCACUUACAGCGUGAAUAGAUAUCAACACUAAAACAGUCGUCACGGACAUAGAGAAGGUUGAAGACUUUUUAUUUUUUGACAAAUUUUUCUACAACGAAAAGAUUUCCUAAUAUCGAAUUUAAUUGUGCUCUUGCUUUGUUCCUUAACAUCAUUCUACAAAACGAAUUUCUCCGUCGAUUAAAAUAAAUGGUACGUUUCUAUGAGACACGUGAUUAGCAAAUCUCGUUUUUUCUUUAAGGCACAGAUCGUGAAAAAUGUAUGAAAAAUAGAC